AUGAAUGAACGGGGGUUGACGUGGCCACAGUCCGACUUGCCCACGCCCCAGGUCAGCGAGCGGAGGGACCCACACCCCAGUCGAAUGCAGAUGCCGCAGGGGAACCCGCUGCUGCUGUCAUACACCCUGCAGGAGCUGCUGGCCAGGGACACCGUGCAGGUGGAGCUCAUUCCCGAGAAGAAGGGCCUCUUCCUGAAGCAUGUGGAAUACGAGGUUUCCAGCCAGCGCUUCAAGUCCUCUGUGUACAGACGGUACAAUGACUUCGUGGUUCUCCACGACAUGCUGCUGCAGAAGUUCCCCUACCGCAUGGUGCCGGCCCUGCCGCCCAAGAGAGUGCUGGGAGCUGACCGGGAGUUCAUCGAGGCCCGGCGGAGGGCGCUGAGGCGCUUCAUUAACCUGGUGGCCCGGCACCCCCCGUUCUCCGAGGACGUGGCCCUCCGGCUGUUCCUGUCCUUCAGUGGCCCUGACGUGCAGAACAAGUUAAAGGAAUCAGCUCAGUGUGUUGGAGAUGAAUUCAUGAACUGUAAGCUGGCUCCUCGGGCCAAGGACUUCCUCCCGGCCGACAUCCAGACUCAGUUAGCCGUCAGCCGGGAGCUCAUUCGGAACAUCUGCAACAGCUUCCACAGGCUUCGCGACCGGGCUGAGCGGAUUGCAUCGAGGGCCGUCGACAAUGCUGCUGACCUUCUCGUAUUUGGGAAGGAGCUGAGUGCUUUGGGGUCUGACACGACCCCGCUCCCUUCCUGGGCCUCUCUGAACAGCAGCACGUGGGGGUCCCUUAAACAGGCGCUGAGAGGCCUGUCCGUUGAAUUUGCACUGCUUGCUGACAAAGCUGCCCAGCAGGGCAAACAGGAAGAGAAUGACGUGGUGGAGAAAUUGAACCUCUUCUUGGAUUUGCUCCAGUCCUAUAAA